GCACACUGCCCAUCACUAAUAUUGUUACGCCCCUUCGUCGUGUCAAAAGUGCGUUUGCAAGUUUUAUUUCAUUUACUUUACAAUAUUUCAACAAUUUAUUUGUUAUUUGCAUUUACUUAAAGUUCUUACUUGUAGUUCUCUCAUAUUAUAAAUUAUUUUAAAGUCGGUGUCACAAAUAAAUAGUUUUAUCAUCAUCAAAAAUAAGAGAAAUAUUGGUAUAAAACAGUCAAGAUGACGGAUUCAAAGUACUUUACUACGACGAAGAAGGGAGAGAUAUUCGAACUAAAAUCGGAGCUGAACAGUGAUAAAAAGGAAAAAAAGAAGGAGGCAGUCAAAAAAGUCAUAGCAUCAAUGACAGUUGGCAAAGAUGUGUCCGCAUUAUUCCCCGAUGUCGUAAACUGCAUGCAGACCGAUAACUUGGAGCUGAAGAAGCUGGUCUACCUGUACCUAAUGAACUAUGCCAAGUCGCAGCCAGAUAUGGCCAUCAUGGCAGUUAAUACUUUUGUCAAGGACUGUGAGGACUCCAACCCAUUGAUCAGAGCCCUGGCUGUACGGACCAUGGGCUGUAUCAGAGUGGACAAGAUCACUGAAUACCUGUGUGAACCGCUCCGCAAGUGCUUGAAGGAUGAGGACCCAUAUGUCAGGAAGACUGCUGCGGUUUGCGUUGCCAAGUUAUAUGAUAUCUCUUCGAGUAUGGUUGAAGAUCAGGGUUUCUUAGACCAGUUGAAGGAUUUACUGAGCGACUCCAACCCUAUGGUAGUGGCCAACGCGGUCGCCGCGCUAUCCGAGAUCAAUGAGGCCAGUGUGUCGGGACAACCUUUAGUUGAAAUGAACGCACCUACAAUAAACAAGUUGCUAACGGCUCUGAAUGAGUGCACGGAGUGGGGGCAAGUGUUUAUACUGGAUGCCCUCUCGAACUACUCCCCGAGGGACGCGAGGGAAGCUCACUCUAUUUGCGAGAGGAUCACCCCGAGGCUCGCUCAUGCUAACGCUGCCGUUGUACUAUCGGCUGUCAAGGUCCUAAUGAAACUAAUGGAGAUGGUAUCGGACGACACGGAGCUGGUCAGCACGUUGUCCAGGAAGCUGGCGCCUCCGCUGGUGACCCUCCUCAGUGCUGAGCCGGAGGUCCAGUAUGUGGCACUCCGGAACAUCAACCUCGUCGUGCAGAAGCGACCUGAUAUCCUAAAGCAUGAGAUGAAGGUCUUCUUCGUGAAGUACAAUGACCCUAUCUACGUAAAACUUGAGAAACUGGACAUUAUGAUCCGGCUAGCGUCGCAGGCAAACAUCGCGCAGGUGCUCGGCGAGCUCAAGGAGUACGCCACUGAAGUGGAUGUAGACUUCGUCAGGAAGGCUGUCAGGGCCAUCGGACGAUGUGCUAUCAAGGUGGAACCGUCAGCUGAGCGUUGCGUCUCAACACUCCUGGAGCUCAUCCAGACCAAGGUGAACUACGUGGUGCAGGAAGCCAUCGUGGUCAUCAAGGAUAUCUUCAGGAAGUACCCCAAUAAAUACGAGAGUAUCAUCAGCACUCUAUGUGAGAACCUCGACACGUUGGACGAGCCUGAAGCUAGAGCUUCCAUGGUAUGGAUCGUGGGUGAAUAUGCUGAGCGUAUCGACAACGCUGAUGAGCUGCUCGACUCCUUCCUUGAAGGGUUCCACGACGAGAACGCACAGGUCCAGCUGCAGUUGCUGACGGCGGUGGUGAAGCUGUUCCUGAAGCGUCCAGCCGACACGCAGGAACUGGUCCAGCAUGUACUCAGCCUCGCCACGCAGGACUCCGACAACCCCGACCUCAGGGACCGUGGCUUUAUCUACUGGCGUCUUCUAUCCACGGACCCGGCGGCCGCCAAGGAGGUAGUGCUGGCCGACAAACCCCUCAUCUCGGAGGAGACGGACCUCCUGGAGCCGACCCUGCUGGACGAGCUCAUCUGUCACAUCAGCUCACUAGCCUCUGUGUACCAUAAGCCACCCACUGCUUUCGUUGAAGGUCGCGGCGCCGGAGUGCGCAAGUCACUCCCCGCGCGAGGAGGCUCCGCUACUCACGAGGAGCCAGCCCAGCCCACCGUCAUACCCAACCAACUUCAUGGUGAGUCUCUCAUCGGCGACCUUCUUUCGAUGGACAUCGGUGGGCCGCCCCCCGCCCCCGCCCCAACAUCCAACCUGGACCUUCUGGCUGGCGGUCUCGAUGUUCUUUUGGGCGGAGGCCCCGAGCCCGGCCCUACGUCGGGUACGACAGGUCUACUCGGCGAUAUAUUCGGCGUUACUGCCGCCCCAGCAUCUUACGUCCCACCCAAACAGUGCUGGCUGCCUGCUGACAAGGGAAAAGGUCUAGAAAUCUGGGGUACAUUUAGCAGACAGAACGGCCAGCCUCGUAUGGAGAUGACGUUCACUAACAAGGCCAUGCAAGCUAUGAGCGGGUUCGCCAUACAACUCAACAAGAACAGUUUCGGAGUGUUCCCGUCUGGCGGUCUCAGUGUAGGCGCGGUCCCGGCCGGCGCCGCGGCAGAAGCCCCGCUAGCUCUCGCCACUACUGGACCCGUGCAGAGAAUGGAACCCCUCAACAAUCUACAGGUCGCCAUAAAGAACAACGUCGACGUUUUCUACUUCGCGUGCCUCAUUCCAGUACACAUUCUGUUCACUGAGGACGGACAACUCGACAAACGUGUAUUUUUAACCACAUGGAAGGAGAUCCCCGCCGCCAAUGAAGUUCAACACACACUGUCCAACGUCACAGGGAACGCGGACUCUAUCGCACAGAAAAUGACACUGAACAACAUUUUCACUAUCGCCAAAAGAAAUGUUGAAGGACAGGAUAUGCUCUACCAGUCCUUAAAACUCACCAACAACAUCUGGGUGCUUUUAGAGCUGAAACUCCAACCCGGUAACCCUGAAGCCACGCUCAGCUUGAAAUCCAGGACUGUAGAAGUCGCAUCCUGCAUAUUCCAGGCGUACGAAGCUAUCAUUAAGUCGUAAUCUCAUUUUUUGAAGAGGUCAUUCUUUUUUACUGGUGUCUGGGACAGCGUUUUUUGGUCAAAAAACAUCGGUAUUGUUAUAAAGUGUAGUAAAUUUAACGAUUUUUGAAGAAGUGCUAAGACAGGAAUACGCUGUUCCUAAUGAUGCCGGUUUUUACGUAGAAGGCUUGCUUUGGUCAAUAAGUGCCCCUAAUCUCACAAAAUGGCAGAUUUCAUAAGCUCAGUAAAGGAUUUUAAUAACUAUCAAAUUGAUCAGGAAAUAUUUGUGUCGUUUUUAGAUUUUCGACUGUAUUAUAAAAUUAUAAAGUUGAAAAUUGAUUAAAAGAGGUCGCAGUAAGAGUGGGGGUACGACCGAAGCAAGAUUUAUGUAUCUCGACCUAUAUGUAUGUAUAUGUUGGUAUAAGAAUGUUAAUGAAAAGUAUUCCUAUGUAAGUUAUAAAGACUUGUAAAUUCCAUUAUAGAUUGUAUGUAUGUUAGGUGCGCGAUCAUAUACAUUGAGUGCGGGUUUUCAUGCCACCAGAGGCGCUAGUGUAGCUUUAGGUCCAAUAAGAUAUUUAUGUCAAAUCAUUAGUUGAGAAACUUUUGAUUGAACAAAUAGGACGUUGCGCCACUAGCGCCAUCUCGUGGCAAAUCGUACAGGCAAAUAGCUUCUAUAGACCAUUUAUGCAGCUGUUUCAUUAUAAUCUGAUUAUUAAUGAAAUUAACAACUAAUAUCGAAUGAAAUGUUAUUCUAAUUUGAUGUUAAGAGAUUAAUUUGAUGAAAUUAUGGUUUUUAAUGUUUGUUACUCGCCUGUGUGAGCAGUGCAGUGGUAAAUUAAUAAAUAUUAUUAAUAUAUAAUUAGUUCGCGCCGUUUGGUGACAAACACGCUGUAUGUAAGACGUUACUGUAAUAAAUUUACGUUAUACUGA